AUGUUGAGGACAAGGGUGAACCAAGGCCUCAAUUUGGACCAAUUUGGUCAGCAGCCAAGUGAUAUUCCGGGUCUCGACACCUCUGGAAACCCCUUACUGUCUCAUUUUGAGUCCAACUACGAGAAGAACUUACUACUCGCCUUACCCAUCACCAAUACGGACGUGGAUUGGCGCGAGAACAAUCGGAAGUCUAUCAAGGGGGCAGCCGCGCGUCAGGGGUCAACUCCCCGUCGCGCCGCGUAUGUACAGCAGGUUGGAAUUCCUGCCCCUACAGACUACGCUUGUAGCUUUUGUCGCGGCGGCGGUGGUCCUUUCGAAUCCUGCAAGAUUGCUAUUGCCGACGGGCAGCUUCUGUUCAAUGGAGCCUGUGGUAAUUGUUCCUGGGGCGCUCAAUCAUACAAAUGUUCUCUUCGUUCGGGCCCCCUUCCUCCCCAUAUCUUCAAUGCACUCAGGGCCGCGAACCCUGACGCUCCCGCCCUGGGCCGUGGCUGCAUGGGUGUGGAUGAAGAGUACAAUGAGUCCGACGAGCCCGACGAGCCCUUGACACCUGACGCAUCUAGACGGUCACUUAGGAGCUCGGCCACCAAGCGUCGGCGUGACGAGGAAAUUGAAGAUGCGUCCGACAAACUCGAUGAGCCCUGUGCACCAAAGCCUUUUGGCCGGACCCUUAGGAGUUCAACCACUAAGCGUCGGCGUGUCGAGGAGAUCGAAGAGUCUGACCCACACUGUUCACCAAAGGCUUCUGGCCAGACGCUAAGGAAUUUAGCCACUGAGCGUCGAGGUGCCGAGGAGAGUACAGAGUCUGACGAGUUUGAUGACUCUGAUGAUUCCGAUUCCGACGAGUCUGACGAGUCAUCGUUACCUAAAGCUUCUAGCCGAAUUCCUAGCCAUCCAACCACUAAGUGUCGACAUGCUGUGGAGAUUAAAGAAGAAUUCGACGAUGAUAUAGAUAUCCCUGAAAUGCAGCGUCCUCGUCGCAAGUUUACGGAUAUAGCGGAUAUGGCUACAGGCAAUGAGAAUAGCUCAUCAUCGGAGGAUGGUACAUCAUCAGCGGACUCAGAUAGCUCAACGAACUCAGAUAGCUCAACGAACUCAGAUAGCUCAUCGGGCUCGGAUAUUUUAGCGGAUGAAGACAAUCCAGUGAACAGAGAUAACGCAACUGAUAAGGGCAAAAUAGCGGAGAAGGGCAAGUCAGCGGAGAAAAGUGCUACAAAGGGUUUGAAAUACAAGGUCCCCAACGGGCCCGAAUAUCCUGAGGACCUAUACAACACCGUGCUGCUGGACCCGAGCUUGCGCGGUCGUCAAUGGCCUGCGAUCCGAUCCCUUCGCCGAAACCUCGCUCAGCUCGUCGAGCGUCUGCAAUGGGAGGAAAAGGUAGUGAAAGCGGUUCUCGAAAAGAAUGGCGAGUUAGAAGGCCCUUAUGAGUCCUCUGAGGAGGAGGAUGACCUCUUUGCGGGUUUGAAUUUUUGA